AUGUCGUCCUUCGAUUACGAUGACAGCCGGCACUCGCAUCGCUAUCAUGAUCGCAGGGAUAGGGACGACCGCGAGCCUCGAUACGUUGAAACCCACGAAGCCUACGUGCGCUCCCCAGUAGCUGUUCCCGAUCCUCCUUACUCGGUCAGAACCACGGAGAUGGUUCGUCGUCCUGUUCGUGAAGACAGCGACCUGUCCAUCGAAGAAGUCAGAAGAGACUUUCCGCCACCGGUCUCGGCCACUUAUCACCAGCGUGCCAUGGUUCGAGACGAUCGGUACGGCCCGCCAGUCCGCUCUCGUUCAGCCGACCGUGGUUCACCAUAUCGAGGGGGGGCGUAUCCAGAUCCAAGACGCUCGCACAAUGAUCUGGACGAUCGUAGACGUAGGACUUAUAUCGAGCAAGAAAAUGUCAAGCCUCGCCGCCGAUCCCUUUCUCGAAACCGGAAGAUUAUUGCUGCAGUCGGAGGAGCCGCCCUAGCAAUUGGUGGCAAAGAACUGUGGGACCGCCAACAAGCAGACGGUCGCCCCAUCUCCCGGAAUCCCCUCGAAAGCGCUGCUGUCGGUGCCGCAGGUGCAUUUGCUGCUUACGAAGGCGCUGAACUCUAUGCCAAACACGUUGGUGGAGCCAAGUCUGAGCAGAAAGUGAAGACCUAUGUUGCUCAUCGCGGUCGGAAGGGCGAAGCUGAGGAGUACUAUUCAUCGGCCGAUGAAGAGCCAGUCAAGCCAAAGAGAUCAAAGAGCCGCCGCAAGUCCAUUGUGGAAGGUGCUCUAGGCCUUGCUGGUCUUGGCGCGGCUGCGAAGUCCACAGGCGGAAGCAGAGCACGCAGCCGGCGUGGAAGUGACAGCGACUACGACUCUCGGGAUCGUCGUGAUCGUUCUCGAAGUGGUCGCGGCAGAUCUCCCGAGGGCGCAGCGAUGUUCCAACAAGCCGCCAAAGCCGCUUUGUUGGCCGGUGCUACCGAAGCUUUUCGAGUCAGAAACGAGCCUGGAGGCUGGGCAGGAGACAAGGGAAAGCGUAUCCUUACCGCCGCCAUUGGAGCUGGCGGUAUUGAUGCAGCAGCCGAUCGUGACCCCGACAAGAAAAGCAAGCGCCACAUUCUCGAAGCUGUGGUGGGAGGCCUCGCCGGAAACCGACUCAUCAACGGCUCCAGAAACAACAUCGAAGAUGACGGGCGCGGAUCAGUCAGAUCUAGGUCUAGGUCUCGCUCUCGAUCGAGAGGCCCGGGAGGUGGUCCAUCAACCGGUCCGUUGGCUGCCCUGGCCACCGCAGGUCUGGGGGCAAUUGCUAGCAAGAAGCUUCUAGACCGUUCUCGAUCCAGAUCUCGAGCUGGGGGUUCUCGAAGACGCAGAUACAGCUCAGAUUCCUACGAUAGUCGAAGCCCAUCCCCAAGACGUGGUGACAGGAAGGAUCGUCACAAACGAAGCAAGAGUGUUACAGACUAUGCUAGAAACGGUCUUGCAGCUCUUGGACUCGGAGGAGCAGCUGGAGCAGCAGCAAGCGAUAGACAUCGAGACCGGGAUCUAGUCGAGGAGACAACUACUGUACGCAAGUCACGCCGUGGUGGCGGAGGAGAGUCUGACUACGGUGGAUCAAGACGCUCCCGAGAUGUGGACUACAACGAUUCUCGCGACCCAUAUGGAGACUCCAGAUAUGCUGAGUCGCGGGCAAGCAAUGUCGGAUCGCGGAGUGGUGGUAGGCGUCGCAGCAAGGGCGGAUCGCAUAGAAAUAGGGACAAGGCAGAAGGAAGAAGAUACGCAUCGGAUUCGGAAAGCAGCUUGGGAUCCUCGUCAGGAGACGAGAAGCAGUUCAAGAAAAUGAAAGGUAAGCAACUUGUUACGGCCGGUUUGGCCACCGUUGCCACCAUUCAUGCUGCGCACAACGUCUAUCAGAGCAUGGAGAAGCGAGAAGCACGGCGCAAAGCUGUGGCGGAGGGAGACAUGUCACCCGAGGAGGCGCGGAAGCUCAAGGCAAAGGCCGCCCUUCAAGAUGUCGCAUCUGUUGGCAUUGCUGCUCUUGGUGUCAAGGGAGCAUACUCCGAGAUCAAGGAGGCCAACGAGAUGCGGCGGGAGUGCAAGGAACUCCGCGAGAAGAAGGAAGAACGUCAUCAGAGACGACUUCAACGACUACAAAAUGGGUCCAAUUUUGCUCGUCAUUCUCAUUGGGAAGCUGGCAACGAAGUUGCUAGCCGCAGAUCCGAGCGUGGCCCAGCACCCAGCGUUUAUCUCUAUGAUGACUACGGGCCUCGCUACGUCGACUCAAACCCAUAUACUGCCUCCUUACCUGCACCUCCAGUCGGUUAUGAUCGGAAUUAA